AUGAUUUUUGGAUUUGGUUUUCAUCCUAUUACCAAAGAGUACAAGGUGAUGAAGAUCAUAUAUUAUGUCAAUUUGUUUCGUGAUGACGGCCGUUCAUUUAAUGUUUCAAAAGUUGAAGUAUGUACUCUUGGUGGCUACAGUUGGAGAAGAAUUGAAAAAGUUGAUUACCUUAUUCAUUCAAAUUAUCAAGGAAUUUUUUUAAACGGGAAGAUGCAUUGGUUCACUCGAUUUGGAAAGUAUAAUGGACGUCUUGAUAGGCUUAUCGUUUCCUUUGAUUUAGCUGAUGAGGUAUUUGCUGAAGUUCCAAAGGUUGAUUUUAAUGCUGACCUGAGAACUGAUAGCUUCCAUCUUGCAAUUCUUGGAGGCCGUCUUGCUGUUGCUAUAACUUUGCCUAACCAAGAUGGUGGAGGAACAGAAAUUUGGGUUAUGAGAGAAUACAAUGUGAAAGAAUCUUUGGUAAAGGAGUUCAGAAUUGGGGCUUAUGCGCCAACUCCAAAUUCUGUCACUCAUCAUUUCGUGAAAGUUUUAUACAUGUUGAAGAAUGGAGAGCUCUUGUUGGAUUAUAAAUGUGGCAAUUUGGUUUCAUAUGAUCCUCAAAAUGGUGUCUUUAGGACGCUAAAGUUUCAAGGAAUGCCUAAUUUGCGUGAGGAGUUGCCUAAUAUGUUUAAUGCAAUUGUUCAUGUUGGUGGCCUUAAUUGGAUUGAUGAACCACCAGCACUUCUUUGA